ACUCAUAUCUAAUCUUAUCUACACUCCUCUCUUCAUCUUCAAUCUUCAGACCAACUACCCUCAUUCCCAUUUCACUGUUAACCAUGGCUGAAACUCUUGCAAAUGAACUCCUCAAGGUCCUUUUCCAGAAGCUGUCUGAUGAAGCCUUCAAGCGAAUUGCUCGCGCUCAGGGAAUUCACAACGAGCUCAAGGAGUUGAACAAGACACUGUCCAGGAUCCAAGAUCUGCUUAACGAUGCUUCCCAGAAGGAGGUGACACAUAAAUAUGUCAAAGAAUGGCUGAAUGCUCUCCAACAUUUGGCUUACGAUAUCGAUGACGUACUCGACGAUUUGGCUACCGAAGACAUGCAUCGUGAACUCACCCUGCAGGAACCUGAAGCAUCCACCAGCAAGGUAAGAAAGCUCAUCCCAUCAUGCUGCACAAAUUUCUCACUAACUCAUAGGCUGUCUCCCAAGUUAGAUAGGAUUAACAGAGACUUAGAAAAUCUAGAAAAACGAAAAACGGAUCUAGGUUUGCUUAAGACUGAUGACAAGCCAAGAAAUACUAGUAGAAGAAGCGAAACCUCUUUGCCAGAUGGGUCUAGUGUUAUUGGAAGAGAAGUUGAGAAAGAGAGAUUGCUGAAGAAGUUGUUAGGGGAUGAUGGGUCAACUAAGGAAAAUUUUAGCAUCGUACCCAUAGUUGGUAUGGGUGGGGUUGGUAAGACGACUCUAGCUCGACAUUUGUAUAAUGAUGCACAAGUGAAGGAUCACUUUGAACCCAAGAUAUGGGUUUGUGUUUCUGAUGAUUUUGAUGUAUUCAAGAUAAGUGAUAUUAUCCUUCAAUCUAUAACUAAAGAAAGUAAGGAAUAUAAAGAUUUAGAUCAGCUUCAAAUGGCUCUCACAGAGAAGUCUAAGGACAAACGAUUUCUACUAGUACUUGAUGAUGUGUGGCAUGAAGAUGAUGACGAUUGGGAAAAGCUAGUGCUCCCAUUUCGUUCAUGUGCCCCUGGAAGUAGGAUAAUCAUGACAACUCGUAAAGAAGAAUUACUAAAAAAGCUACGUAUUGGUCACCUAGAUUCUCUUAAGAGUUUGUCACAUGAAGAUGCUCUAUCUUUAUUAGCUCUACAUGCUUUAGGCGUAGAGAACUUCAAUUCACACACAACACUUAAACCACAUGGUGAAGGCAUUGUGAAAAAGUGUGCUGGUUUGCCUUUGGCUUUGAAGGCAAUUGGAAGGCUAUUGGGGACGAGAACAAAUGUAGAAGACUGGGAAGGCGUGUUGAACAGUGAGAUAUGGAAUUUAGAAAAUAGUGAUAAGAUUGUUCCGGCUCUCAGACUUAGCUACCAUGAUCUUUCUGCAGAUUUGAAGCAGUUGUUUGCAUACUGCUCCUUGUUCCCAAAGGACUAUUUGUUUGACAAGGAAGAGUUGGUAUUAUUGUGGAUGGCGGAAGGGUUUUUGAGCCCAUCAAAUGCAACCAAGUCACUGGAACGCUUGGGCCAUGACUAUUUUGAAAUAUUGUUAUCAAGGUCAUUUUUCCAACAUGCACCUAAUGAUGAAUCACUGUUUAUCAUGCAUGAUCUGAUGAAUGACUUGGCCAUGCUUGUUGCCGGAGAACUUUUUUUAAGGUUUGAUAACCAUAUGAAGAUAGGCACCGAACAUUUGGCAAAGUAUCGCCACAUGUCAUUUUCUCGCGAGAAGUAUGUAGGUUACCAUAAGUUUGAGGCAUUCAAAGGUGCCAAAAGCUUGAGAACACUUUUAGCGGUAUCUAUUGAUGUGGAUCAUAGUUGGAACUACUUUUUCUUAUCUAAUAAGAUUCUGGUUGACUUACUUCCUAGCUUAACAUUAUUAAGGGUUCUUUCUUUGAGUCAUUUUCAAAUAAAUGAGGUACCAGAGUUCAUUGAUAGUUUGAAGCACUUGCGGUAUCUUAAUUUAGCUAAAACUAAUAUAAAAGAGUUACCGAAGAAUGUUAGCAAUCUUUAUAAUUUACAGACAUUGAUUGUUUUUGGUUGUGAAAAUUUGACCAAGUUGCCUGAAAGCUUCUCAAAGCUUAAAAAGUUGCGACAUUUUGAUAUAAGGGAUACUCCGCUUUUGGAGAAGCUGCCAUUUGGGAUUGGUGAGUUGGAAAGCCUACAGACUCUCACCAAGAUCAUCAUUGAAGGAGAUGAUGGUUUUGCAAUAAAUGAGCUCAAGGGAUUAACAAAUCUCCGUGGAGAAGUUUCCAUUGAGGGAUUACACAAAGUGCAAAGCACAAAGCAUGCACGGGAGGCGAAUUUAUGUCUAAAAAAGAUUACUGGAUUAAAGCUGCAAUGGGUUGAUGUGUUUGAUGGCUCACGAAUGGAUAUUGAAGAGGAAGUUCUCAAUGAGCUGAAACCUAAUAGUGAUACGUUGAAAACACUUUCAGUGGUGUCAUACGGGGGAACACAAUUUUCAAAUUGGGUUGGUGAUCGCUCUUUUCAUGAGUUGGUUAAUGUGUCAAUACGUAGUUGUAAAAAAUGCACAUCUCUACCCCCAUUUGGGUUGCUCCCUUCACUUAAGAGGUUGCAGAUUCAAGGCAUGGAUGAGGUUAAAAUCAUAGGUCUGGAGUUAACCGGAAAUGAUGUUAACGCCUUCCGUUCACUUGAAGUUCUAACAUUUGAAGAUAUGUCUGGAUGGGAGAGGUGGUCAACUAAAAAUGAGGGUUCAUCAGCAGUGUUUACACGCCUUAAAGAGCUUUAUGUAAAGAAUUGUCCACAAUUGAUUGAUGUCUCACUUCAAGCACUGCCUUCACUCAAGGUUCUUGAAAUUGACAGAUGUGGGGAUGGUGUGUUGAGAAGUCUGGUUCAGGUAGCUUCAUCAGUCACUAAAUUGACAAUAAGUUGUGUAACAGGGCUUACAUAUGAGGUGUGGAGAGGAGUUAUGAGGUAUCUUAAGGAAGUUGAAGAAUUAAGUAUCGAGGUAUGUAAUGAAAUAAAAUACUUAUGGGAAUCAGAAACAGAGGCAAGCAAGCUUCUUGAGAGAUUAGAAGAGAAAGAGGAGGAUGACAAUUUUGGGAGCAGCACCCUGUUAUCUCUUAGAAGUUUGUAUGUAAAUUCUUGUAGUAGCAUAAAGCGUUUAUGCUGUCCAAAUAGCAUUGAGAGUUUGGAUAUUAUUGGUUGUUCGGUUACAGAUGUCUACCUCCCAAAAGAAGGAGGGAACAAGCUCAAAUCACUUUGUAUAAGUAGUUGUGGAAAUCUAAAAUCAGUAAAUCAAUUGAGUAACUCCACUCACCUCACCUCUUUGUCAAUAAGUUAUUGUCAAAACAUGGGGUUAUUUUCUGAUCUUCAUCAGCUAUCGAAUCUCACCUCAUUGAAUAUACAAAGUUGUGAAAGCAUAGAGUCAUUUCCUGACCUCCAGCUGCCAAAUCUCACACAUCUUUCUAUCAUUAGGUGCAAUAACCUGAAGGCAAUUGGUGACCUGCAGCUGCCAAAUCUAACCAGUUGGAUGAUAUGGGAGUGUAAACAUCUGGAGUCAUUUCCUGACCGUCAGCUAUCCAAUCUCACCAUGUUAAAACAUAUGACUAUCAAAGAUUGUCCAAUGAUUGAUGCUUCCUUUCCUCGUGGGCUUUGGCCUCCCAAUUUGUGUUCCCUUCAAACAGGGGGGUUGAAAAAGCCCAUCUCAGAAUGGAGCAUUCAGAAUUUCCCUGCUUCACUUGUUGAACUAGAGUUAUGGGGUGAAUCUGAUGUGAGGAACUUUAGUCAAUUGUCCCACCUUUUCCCUUCUUCUCUUACAUCUCUGUACAUAAUCGAAUUUGAUAAUCUGGAAUCACUUUCAACGGGACUCCAACAUCUCACAUCUCUUCAACAUCUGUACAUUGACAAUUGUCCAAAGGUGAACGAUCUACCAGAGACACUGUUACCUUCACUUUUGAGUUUGAUAAUAAAGUAUAAUUGCCCAAAAUUGAAAGAAAAGUGUGAAGGAAGAGGCUCCCACUACUGGCCCCUCAUCUCUCUUAUCCCCUACGUCUGGAUAAUAUAAGAGACUA